AUGAACAAAUCAAAUAUAGAAUGGAUUCCAUUAAGUGGUAGAUGUCAAAUUCUUGUAAAUAAAAGAUUAGCAAAUUUUGGAUGUGGUGGAUAUGAAAAAGAUGGAAAUGAAUUACCAGUCAAUGAAGAGUCACGAGACAUUAUUUGUAUUGGAAAUGGAUAUAAUAGAACAAUUCAACUUACCUUUAUGACUGUAGAUGAAAUUGAUAGUAAAUAUACAUUACGAUGUAAUCCUGAACAAAUAACUUUGAAAAAAGGUGAAGCGUUUGAAGCUGAAAUAUAUAUUACACCAUUAUGUACUUGUACUAUCAAAGAACGACUUCAAAUAACAUUAUUUGAUUUAAAAAAUAAUAAAAGAACAACCGAGAGUAUUCAAAUAUAUGCAGCCACUGUUGUGUCUACUAGACUUGACUAUGAUGAGAUUCAAGAAGAAAAACAAAUUGGAGAAGGGUCAUUUGGAGUUGUUUUCAAAGGAACAUUUCAAGGAAAUAAAGUUGCUAUUAAGAAAAUGAAAAUGGGAGAUGAUGAAGAUGCAAUGGAAGAAUUUAAUAAAGAAGUUACAAUGUUAGAUAAAUUCAGAUGUGAGUAUAUUGUUCAUUUCUAUGGCGCAGUAUUUAUUCCAACAAAAAUUUGCCUCGUUACAGAAUAUGCAGAUAUGGGUUCGUUACAAUCAUUAAUAAAAAAACACUCAAAACCAAAUGAACAUAUGAGAAUGAAAUUAGUCAUUGACGCAGCUAAAGGAAUUCAAUAUCUUCAUUUUAAUGGAAUUAUUCACCGUGAUAUCAAACCAGACAAUGUUUUAAUUUUCUCAUUAGAUGAUGGAAUUGAAGUUAAUGCUAAGUUAACAGACUUUGGCUCAUCAAGAAAUAUUAAUUCAAUGAAAGCAAAUAUGACCUUUACUAAGGGAGUUGGCACGCCUAUUUAUAUGGCACCUGAAGUAUUGAACCAAGAGAAAUACACUGAAUCAGCAGAUAUUUUUUCUUUCUCUAUAUUGAUGUAUGAAACAUUUAAAUGGGACCGUCCUUAUCCAGAGAAUGUAUUUAAAUAUCCAUGGAAUAUUGCGGAAUAUGUUAUGCAAGGGAAUAGAUUAGAAAUCGCUUCUGGAAUGCCUGAAUGGUAUUUUUUGAUUAUCCAAAAUUGUUGGAAACAAAAUCCUUCAGAAAGAUAUAACAUUGAACAAGUUAUUGAUUUAUUGAGUAUAGGAAUGAAUUGA